AUGUCUGCGUCACAGCCCGCCCCAGCGCCCCAAGCGCCCCAGCAGGGAGAUAACAAUGCUCGUAUCUCGCAGGCCUUGCAGGCCAUCUGGCGCAACCACUGGGGUAAUAUCAUCGACCUUUUCGCGCCAAACCUUGCCGCAUCCCUUCGAGACCAGGUUCUCAACGAGCUCACCGCCAAGCGGUAUGAGUGGUCAGGGAACCAGUUUUACCGAGGUGUGAUCGGGAUUGACAAGAUCAAGGAGGCGGACCUUCGAAAAUUAAAGCAGUGGAUGUACGGUGAUCAGGACACGACCGAUGCGACCUGGCGAGACACCCUACUCGGCAAGCCCGAGGAGGAGAGAAAGGCAGACCACAACGGUCGCACUGGCAGAGUGCAGAGCAAGUCCUCAUUCAUCGACCAAUGCAAGCUCAACUUUCUGCUGUCCCCUGAAGUUGAGGUCGACGAGGAUCCCUACUGGGCUGGCUUCCUUGAAGAGGUUGCUAAAGACCCUGACCAGACCAACCUCUAUGACACCGUCGUCGAACAGAUGCGCAUCAAGGAAGAGGAUGCAAUGAUGGAAGAGGACCUGGAGGGUGAGGAUAUCAAGAUGGAGGAGGACGUCGAGGACGUCAAGAUGGAGUCGCUAGAGGAGGCGGUGCGUCGCCUUCAGCAGGAGAACGACGCGCUGCGCCGUGAGAUUAAAUCAAGGGAGUAG